CACGAGUAUCACGAUUUGUGCAAAUAAUAGCAGCACAUGACAGCAUCUCGAACUCCUCUUAGUUCUGAGGCUUUCUUGUUUUGGGUGAAACAACAUGGCGACUUCUAUACUUCCGGUGGCUUCAAGCCUCUAAUGCGCAGCAAGCAAUCGGGGCCAUUCCAGUAGUAGAGUUCAGUGCUCUGUACUGAAGUGGUUUAAAGGCUUGCAAAAUGUUAAUGUAAUACAAACACAUAAAAUGAAAAUAAGAUUGUGGUUUUGAUACAUGUCACUUUGUUGAAAAAAAACCUUUUUUCUUUCAGCUGAUUGCGCCAUCGACUCAACCUGAAGACAGUUUUCUACACGUCUACAACAAAGGCAAGCCCCUUCAAAGCAAUGGCGCCAAAAUAUGACGGCUUGUCCCACUGCAAGCUGGCCCUGGUGUUUGCCGUGCUGAUGGACCUGCUGGGGGUCAUAUCCCUGCUGCUGGGGGUCUUCGCUCCCCUGGAGAUCCGAGGACGAGACUUUGGGGAUCUUCUGGUGUACUCGGGGGCUCUGCUGGUGCUUCUGUCCUUGGCGGGCUGGGUGCUGUGGUACAGCGGCAACAUUGAGGGCCUGACAUCCAGGAAGGAGCUCGGGGGCGCCAUGGGUGGAGCUGUGGACCGCCUGGCUCGAUCCCUGAGCAGGAGGAUACGCCUGCCCCGGACUCGCAGCAGUCCAACAUAGACGCUGGAACACCAGGAGUCAUGCAACGCAAAUACUUCAAGGACAAACAAACACUUGUACAUUCUUCCACAUAACAGGGUGUACAAACGUUUUCCUCCAGGGAGGGCUACCUAGCGAAAAAUGAAAGGAUGCAACUUUACCGCCGAAGUUAUAUUUCAAGAAAAAAAGAGUGCACCUCGGCUUUGUCAUAUACUGUCCGUGAAAAGCAUAUUAUUAUCAACUUCACUUGUUUUUUCCCAAAAUAUUUCAACUUUCUUCUAAAUAAUCUUUAAAAAUUUUCAUAGUAUAGUAACUCCUCCCAACCAAAUUUUUUUACAAGAAUUAACAACUUUGUUUCUCAAAAUAUGACUUGAAAUGAAGUAUUUCUUCUUUAAUAUUUCAACUCUGCUACAAAAAUUUCAUCUUCCCCUCAUAUUGAGUUUAUUCUCGUAAAACUGCAACGUUUUCUCAUUAGAAUACAACUUUUUGUCUUAAUAUUUAAUUUUAUUCUCAUAAAAUGGCCACUGAUUUUUCCAUUUCUGCUGUUUUUUCAAAUUUCCAACUAUUUUAACUUGAAAAUGUUUUAUGUCCCCCCCAUAUUUUUUUAUUUUUAUAACAUUGUAACUUUUUCUGCAACCUAAUGACGUUACUUUUUUCGUUUCUCAUAGCAUUAUGACUUUAAAAAAAUUUAACAUCAACUUUAUGCUACUGAAAUGACAUUUUUCCUCAUAUUAGUUUAUUCUCAUAAAAUUACCUUUUUUUCUUGUCAGAAUACAUUUUCCACUCAUAAUUUUCUUAUAAAAUCGCGACUUUUUUUCUUAUGUUAGAAUACAACUUUUUUCUCUUAAUAUUUUGGUUUUAUUCUGGUGAAAUUACAGCUGUGUUUUUUUUUUUCAUUUCUGCUGUUUUAUUUUGAACUAUUUUCAACUUCAACCGCAAAGAAUAAAAUUUGUUUUUGUAAGUAUGACUUUAUUAUCGUAACAGUAUAACUUUUUCUGCAACCUAAGUUUCCAAAAAUUGAAUAUUUCUUUACAUUUUUUUCCCCUGAAUUUCUACUAUUUCAACUUUCUUCUGGUAAAUGUUCUCCUUUUAAUUAUGGUUUUAUUCAACUUUCUCAUAUUACAACAAAAAACAUUUUUGAAAUGUCAACUUUAUGCUACUAAAAUGACAUUUGUCCUCAUAAUAUUACAAGUUUAUUCUCACAAAAUCACGACUCUUUUCUCCUAAUAUUUUUCCCAUAAUAUUUUGAUCUUGUUCUGGUAACACUUAAACUUUUUCCGCUACAUAAUUUUGCAAUAUUAUGACUUAAAAAAAAAACUUUAUUUCAACACUAUGCUACUAAAAUGACAUAUUUUUCCGCAUAUUACGGUUAUUUUUUAAAUUAAAUUGCGACUUUUUUUUCUUGCUACAACUUUUUUCUGAGUGAAAAUUACAGCCAUUUUUUUCAAUUUCUGCUGUUUAUUUCUUAAUUUUCCAACUCUUUCAGCUUCAGAUUUUUUUUUACGCAUAAUAGAACUUUUUCCACAACCUAAUUUGACAAAAACUUUGCUUUUCAUAAUUUUACAACUUAAAAAAAAUAAUGUCUUUUGCUACUAAAAUGUUAUUUUUCCCCAUAUG